AUGAGCGAUCCUCUUCAACUCCCAUUUCAGCUGUCUUUCUUCUUCCAUCUCCUUCACGGACCCGCAUUCUUGAGCAUGGGUCCGCUCGCUAUUGCUGCUUUAGGUGCUGGCGCCUUUGUCACAACUGCUGUUGCGGGUGUUAUUUUGUUGCAUAGAAAGGUAUUCACCAAGUCGGUUCAAGUUGACACAGAGCAGGGGCUGUCCGAGAACGCUCUCGAGCGAAGAGAGGGGACCAGCCCAGGAUGGAAAGAGUUCACCGAAGAGGACGAAAAGGCGACCACCUCGAUAUCCGAGCUCUUACUACCGCUCUUCCCAAAUCAAGAGUCUGACAUUGGAGAUACAUUGGCCAAAGGACCUCAAGUGCUUCUCAAUAAUCCAUUGCGAGGGCCCCCCGGUCUUCUCAGUCCAGGUACACAGCAACGAGCCAACUCGGUAUUAGUCCCCGAAGGAGAUAUUUCGGACACGCGCGAUUGGGGCGACGGGCCAGUCUUUCCGCCAGGUCUACCAUUGCCAGCGAAUGUGGCUGUGGCUACGCCUAUUUUAGCAUCUUCGAACCGCCCACCUUAUUUGAGCCCACUCGAUACCGGAGUAUCUGGGAUUGCGCUAUGGCCAAUACUAGCACCUACACCAGCCGAGGAAAUACACUGCAGGGCUAAUGGACAGGAAGGCAAGGUAAACUCGAUUCUGACGGAGAAACCUGGCAUCAAGGAUGACGUCGUUCCUCAGGAUGAGCCAUUGUCCUCGAGUUCUCAGUCUGGCCAACAUCUAACGGUUUCCAGCAUUACGAUGAUACCUGCUUCUACGUCAAUCCAUGAGCCUGAAAAACGGGACCCGAACGCCGAUCCUACCGACCUGGCUCAUCAUCCUUGCUCCGAAGCGCCCCUUGCCAUAGACGUCACCUCGCCUACUCGUACCCCCGGAAGUGCCAUCAUUUCUCUAGACAAAGUCAACCAAAGUUCCCAGUAUAACGAUACAGGUUGGCCAGGCGCUGGUGAUCCAGCCCCGAGAUCAUCCCUCCUUUGUACUGUCCCUGGUGUCACGGUCUCUGGCAUGCCACUACCCGAGUCUCCACCUCUAUCUCCAAAGGCCGUAUCAUCACUGUUGAUCCAUACCUUACCACUCGAUGCUAUUGCUACCACGACAACGGUCUUCAUAGAAGAGCUCUCUCCAUGGGUAGAUGUUUCAGAUUAUGAGUCUCCCAGCCCUGUCGCAAUGCCAUUUGUUCCUGUCCUGCCUCCAAUUGUGACUGCGUUGCGCACGGACAAAGACUGCAACGAGGCCCCACGUAGUCCAUUGUCAGAUGCUGGCUCAUCGUCGUCUGAUAGCGAGUCCUCCGGCCCUGAUACUCCUACCGAGCUGAAACAUGAUUUACCCUUCAGCGCCGGGUCUGGGUACUCGUUCAAAGGCCCUCCCGAGCCCCAUCUUCCAGUCGAUUCAAUGGAACGAGAUGUGUCCGUUGAAGACGACGUGGAAGUUAUAGAUGAUUUCGUCAUAGUUGGCCACCAAGCACCUGACCCACCCACCCCGACGAUCGAUUAUCCUUCUACUGAGUGGACGCCCUCUACGCUUCCCGGGUCUUUUGGCAAAGCGACAGCACCAAGCGACCAUAGUCAACCGGAUCAAAAGUCGGCUUACACAAUGACAGUGACAGAUCCUCCCCUUACUGCUGACAUGGUUCAACUGUGCCAUGCGUUGCUUGCUGUCAGUAACUGCGCUGGACACGUUGCUCAACUCGUUGUGGGAGCCUCGACAUGGUGGAGCCUAUCUUUGGUUCCUACCUGA